UCCACCGUUACGCAUUGGAUGUAUCAAUGGGGGCGAAAAAGCUCGGCUGCCCCACUACUACCGCACAAGAACAAGGGGCGAGCUGGGCGAGUUUUAUUGAUGAAAAUGAAAAUUACAUCUGUCAUUCAUUCAGUCCGCAGAAAACACAAAGAGAGACUAAAGACUUAACCAGAUGGCGUUCUAUCAAAGUUGUGUGUCUCUCUUAUUGCACUUCUGAUUCUAUAUAUCUGUCUUGUUCUUCUGUUCCGUGGCAAAAUAAAAAAAAUGUGUUGCGUUGCGUAACACCGAGUGUCUGCUAAAUAAGUGUACGCGAGACCGCUGAAGCUAAAAUGCAGUGCUACACAACAUGCAAUAAACUGCAGCUAUAGAGGAGACUACACUAUAGGAAACUUUCUGGUCAGCGUCUGCCGCCCAGAUCUUGUGAGUGGAUGCCAAAAUCGAUUCUUGAAGCCCAGGCUACCGAGCAGAAGUGGUUUCGUGAAGAAGACAAGAAGUUUCCCGGCAACGGACAGAGAAGUUGCGCCAAGGUGCUGUACCCCCGUUAAUCCGGAAACAAACAAAAGCUGAACGAUAAAUUACUGCGGUAGUCGCACCACGCCGUGUCCUGAUAGCGUUGGAACGCUCACGAACACCAAACAGCGUCACAUGCGUCUUGCUUCUGGGUGAACGGUUUUCCCCUAUUGUGCAUCCAUAAACUGGUGGUGACGCGUCCGUGGAACACUGUGGACCGUGAAGCAGCCGCGUACAACAAACAACAUCGAUGUCAGUGUAUGUCAGUGUCUUUAAUGUGUAGGCAAAGGCAAAGCAGACCUCGAACGAUUUAGGUUUGCGACCCAUGAAUGAAUUAGACGAUUGUACUCCAUAGAAGCGUAAUAAACGAAACAGUUCGUGAAUUGCAUCGUGCCCGAAUGUAUGUGAUCUGUAUUCUUGAGGCCUCAAUGAAAUAAAGUGUUACGUGAAUUCAAGACCAUUUUUAAGGUGCAUGAAGCCGGCUUCAUUGGAUAAUUGCAAAUAGAAAUCUCCGUUCUCGACUAGCGUUGCCCGCCCUUUGUGCAAGUGGUCAGCAAACUAAAAUAAACAUAGGAAAAGAAAAAAAUCAAAGAAGCUGGGAAAAUAAACAAUACAAGCACGGGCAAAAUAUUCAGCGUAAAAAAAUCUUCAUUUAUUUUAUAUUCCUCGCCUGAUGAAAAAAGCUGCUCAGAAGAAGAGUGACUUCGUAGUUGCUGUUUGAAUAUAAAUCUGUACCACGGAGAGUGAAAACAAAGAAGACUAAUAUCCUGUGCGUACCCUGAACGUUGUAACAAUACUUUUGGGGUGUGCAAAUUAUUGUAAAAAAAAGUGAUUGUAGCAGACCGAGAAAUAGUGGUGGUACGCACAUCCAACCAUGAAUCCGGGCCAUUCGGGAACGUCGAGGCGACCGUACUCACGGGGUGCCGCCCCAAGAAAUCGCUCUCGCAUGCCGUUCUCUCCUCAUCACUCGCACCAUUCCAAUCGCAACCAUGGCGGUGGCGGCGGCGGUCACAGCCAGUCCUGGUACAACAAGGACAUGGAAAACAGCUUCAACUACGGUGAUAAUAACGGGAAUAGUCCUAAAGAAUCCUUCACAUACUCACCAAAGUCCCCACCAAUGCAAUUACAUUCCCCUCCAAUCACCAAUCGUCCAAUCUUAUUGCCUUACGGUGCUACUGAUGAUGGUAGUGUUAAUAAUAGAUCUCAACAAAUUCUUAGAGCUGGACCAAGCCAUAAUGACCGGCGAAAUAACAUGGGUAUGCAGGAUAGAAACCGGCAUACCAAUAAUGCAUCAACCAUGGAUCGUUAUUUGAAUCAUUUCGAAGGACCUUCGAAUUCAUCACGAGGAUCAGAUUUGCAUCUGGAUGCAAGAUCUGGCCUGUCGAUGGACGCGAUGCGAAAUAGCCGAGACAACAAUAGGGAACGCAUCAGUCCGCCAUAUCAUCAGGGUACCAGUUCGCAUACGAACAACAACCAAACACCAAGUCCGUCGUACAACUCAGACGGCAGCAAUGGAAUUAAGUCGGAUAGUCCUUCGCGUAAAAGACGCCGUGUUUCCAGAAUGCCUAGUCAAUCUCCUCCGGCCAUUUGGGACCAUCGAAGGUCUCCCAGAAACAAUAAUAACCACCACAGUAAUCACCACAAUCAUCCGCCGCAGCAGCAGCUGCAGCAACCUAUCCACAUGAACCAGCAUCAUCAAAGUCCCCACAACCAUUUGCAUUUGCCUCAGCAUCAAUCCGGUCCGGUUCCAUUGCAGCAGGGUAGUCCACCGUUACGCAGACCGCGAUUCCGUGAGCAGCCGCGUCCAUGGGAGCCAAUGCCACAGGUUUUCCAGCAACCAUCACCACCUCAACCGCAGCAUCAGCAUCCUUCUCUGAUGGUUGACAUCAACCAAGUUCCUGUUAGCCUUCCUUUGGGUCACCAUGAGCAAUUGUGGACGUACUCUGCAGGGCCACACAUUUCCAUUUGCUCAGGUCAUCCAGCAGCACCACAUAUACCACCUUGCCAAGUUCACGGAGUCUACUCGCAACCGUUUGCUCAAACUUGUAAUAUCGGAGGACACUUUGGACCAUUUGCAUCGUCGCCCGCAGCUUUGGCUGUGCCCCAUCCGCAUCCGCAGCCCCAUCAACCGCACUAUCAGCAUCCUCACCUAGCGCAACAGCGGCCCGAUGGACUCUCCCUUGAUGGGUUGGACCAUACCGGUGCUUCACCGCUGCACGUCACCCCACUGACCGCAGCGCACAUUCAUUCCACGCCUCAGAUGACUCAGAUCUCGCCGCCGACACCGAUUUACAUUUCAACCGAAACCGUGUUGAAUAUUCUCCAGGGACGUACCGGUCAAUUCGAGCUGCUGCACCGAACAGCCCGCCGCGCCAUCACUGCUCCACGCCGGAACUUCACCCGGUUCCACUGGCCAGCUCCACCUCCACCACCCCAUCCUCACGCCCAUCCGGCUCACCGUCACCCGAGCCUACAGCAUCAAACGCUUGCUCCACAACCCACACAGGUUUCCCUUUCAGCUACACCGUCCGCCUAUUCUGGCAUUUUGCUGAAUUUCUUGGCCAUGUUCCCGCUGUCGACGUACGGACAGCCGGACCUGAACUCACCCGACUCCAACGAAACAGAGAACUACGAAGCGUUGCUCAGUUUAGCCGAACGCCUGGGUGAGGCGAAACCUCGUGGUCUCGCUCGGCCAGAAAUUGAUCAGCUUCCAAGCUACAAAUUCAAUGCGGAAACUCAUACAGGGGAUCAAACAUCAUGCGUGGUGUGUAUGUGCGACUUCGAAGCACGUCAAAUUUUGCGAGUGCUUCCGUGUUCGCAUGAAUUCCAUGCAAAAUGCGUGGAUAAGUGGUUGAGGUCCAAUCGAACCUGUCCUAUUUGCCGUGGGAACGCCUCGGAAUACUUUGAGAGCAACGAAGAACAAUAAACAGUUUGACUGGUGGCGCUGAAGUAUAGGAACGAGCGCCAAAGUUGUUAGUAAUAACCGAAGCUUUACCCUCCGUGUUAGUAACAAAUGUAACAAAUCCUUUUAACGACUUUUCUGCUUUAGCAGAUUACAAUAGAAUGAUGCCGUCGCUUGCGUACUGUGACUUGGAUUGCAAAAUCUCUCGGUAGUGAAUGAAACAGAAAAUAUCAAUGAAGCAGCAGCAAAGUCUAUCAUUAGAACAGGACGGAAAUGAUAGGCUUGCGUCGUGGAGCAAGGUGUAACAAUAUUACGUAUACGUAUUCUUCGUUUCACAGUAAAGUUUGUGGCUAUCACACGAGUUUUUCGAAUCAUUUCGGACAUCUUCUGACUAGGAAAGCACCCAAAUCCCACAAACUUCACAUGAAUGGUCCACUAUGGAAGAGCGUUAAUGCACUCGUAUUUAUGGUUUACAACAGGGCAUCUGUUAAAGUUUAACAAGUAAGUUCAACCAAGGGCAUGCACAUUAAUAUAUUUCAUGGAUCCGUCGAGAUAACCAAUGUCUGGAUAAACGUUGAAACGUUUCGAAAGAUGCACCAGCCUCGAAGACAUUCUCAAGUAGCAAUAAAGCAAUUUUAUACCCAGUAAAACAAGAUUUUUAGAGCAAACAGCAACAACAAAAAGUAGUGUUAAGUGGUUCUAACAAGUGUAAACGUUUAUUCAUCUUUCCUUCCUAGUAAUAGAUAAAUUCUAAAUUUUUCCUAUAUUUUUGGAAUACGCUUCUGGAAAGCAAGUACUACAAACUAAUCGUGAAACUGGUGUGAGAAAAGAUACAACGCAUACUGUUUAGCUUUACUUCUGUAAUCCAUUCGGUGUUAGUCCAGCGACAAUUGUAAGCAAAAACAAAAACAAAAGAUAUAUAUCGGUGUGAACGAAGCUUAAAGUAGUUAUUUCUUAUCGUCUUCUCUCGCGUGCGUAAACAACAGUAAACAACCAAUAGCAGGGUUUUCUAACUUUUUUCCAGUCCAUUGGAAAGUUUUUUUUUUUAAUUUUUAAUUGAAAAACUUUGUAAUGCAGGUAUCGUUAUAAACUUUUUAUUUAGCUAAUCAAUAUUUAUGUUAUAUAUUUUCCAGGUGGAGCCUAGUGUGCAUUAUUAUAGCAAUUGCUUCAAAAAUGUUCAAUACAUUCUAACUUCUACGUCCGAUACGUUAGGAUACGUUUUAUGUUUUGAAUUUUUCAUUUAUCAUAUUUAGCCGAUGCACUCGAAAGACAAAGUAAGACAAAUGAAAGCCUUCAAAACGGGUUUAUUUUUGCCAAUAGAUUCUCUGAAAAUUGUCAUGUAACAAAUUACAGCACUUAAAGUGUUCACAUUCAUUUACCAGCGCUGUAAGAAGUUCAUUAAUUUUAUCCUUAAGUAAUGGACAACCAGAGUGAAAGUCAAAUGCUAUUGGCAUUCAUUUGAAUAGUUUUCCAAGUACUUUUAUCAGAAGAUGGUCGGGCUUUACAAUUUGCAAACCUGAAUACGAUUCAUGAAUUUCUUUCAAACCCUGACCCGACCCGAACCGAGUGUGGAAAAUCUCAUCAAACUCGGACCCGUCCCGUACUCGAGAAUUUUUAUCCGAAAACCCGUACCGAAAUUAAUAAAUUAUUAAUUGUUCAUACUUGCGCUAUUUUUUUUUUU